AUGUCAAAAGAUACAAAAAAUAGUGAUGAUAAAAAAGAAUUGACACCACAACUUAUAAACGAUGUUAAGCAAGAAUUAAAAAAAAGAAGUGAUGAAUUGAUGGAACUUAAAAAUGGGUUAGAGUCUAUAUUAGAGCUAAAAAAUAAGAUUCAAAAUAACAACAGAAACAAUGAUAAAAACAAAAAAGUAGAUAUUCAACAAGAGUCUUCUUCAAAAAAACCUUGUUCAACAAACUCUCACCAGCAAAAAAAAGCAGGGGAGCAUCAAUACUGCAAAAAUAAAGUAUUAAUUAUAUGUGUUACAAGUUUCAUUCUUUUUCUGGGAGUUUUGAUAAUGGUUGUACCAGAAAAUGAAUAA